AUGACUAGAACUCGCACAGACUACGACCGGGACAUCUGUAUCCCUCUGUACUACCGGAAAGAGGCCAUUCUGGUUGAUCCUGGACUGCUUGAAAACGUAUCUGACGCUUCACCUGACACUCUUCAGCCUGGGGUGUGCCUCCUUUUUGACUUCUUGGUCAACCACUCUCAGCAAAGCUGGGACCGGGAAGAAGACCCAUAUGAUCCUGUCACUCGCUGUGAUCAUCGUACGGAGUCCCGAGGACACUGUAAUCCUAGAUCCAACUAUAAGGUCUGCUCCGCCGCCUCAGUUGGUGCCCUCGCAAGAAAUAUGGAGUUAGGAAGGGGGAACGUGGUCGACUAG